AAAUAUAAAUACGUUGUUCCUGACUUCAUUGUUGCCCUUUUUUAUCAUUUUUAUAUUAUAUUCGUAAUCAUGGAGUUUCCUGAUCUCGGCAAAAGAUGUACAGCACCUGCUUGUAACCUUUAUGACUUUUUACCUUAUACAUGCAUUUACUGCAAGCAUAUAUUUUGUCAAGACCAUUUCAAACUACAGGAUCAUCAUUGUCCAAGUCUGAAUGAUCCAAAAAUGGAUAUUAGAGUGCCUACAUGUCCUAUUUGUGAAAAGCCAGUAUCAGUACCAAGAGGACAAGAUCCGAACAUUAGAAUGAAUGAACAUAUACAAAACAAUUGUGCGGACCUGAAGCCUAAAAAUGAUAAUACAUGCCGUAAAAAGGGCUGCACAACAAAGAUGCUUGUGCCAAUGCAAUGUCCUGACUGUGGGCGCUCUUUUUGUGUGAAGCAUAGAUUACCAGUAGAUCAUCUCUGUAAAGGAAAACAGACAGAUGCAAAACCAGCGAAACAAGCUAAUAGCAUUUCAAGAGCAGAGAUGGAAAGGUACAUAUUGCUUUGAUACUUCCUUCGUUUGUUAACCUAUGUUGAUAGACAAAGAAAAGAUAGAGUAGAUCAAAGGAAGCAAGAGAUUCAUAGACUUCAAUUGAAGGCGAAGCAAGGA